UCUGAAAACAAGGUAUUUUUAAAUCCAGUAAAAUUUAGAGCACAGCCUUCCCUUUUAUGGUCGGAUUAGCCGCAGGAAUGAUUGGAACUUUUGUUCUCAGAAAAUGGUUCUCAUCCUCAGAAGCCUCUGGAACUCCCGAAGAGGAGAGCAUUCAGCCUGAGAAGUCUAAAGCGAGUCGCAAAAAGGUGAAAUUUAACAAAGAUGUCAUUGUACAAGACGAAAUCAAGGAAAUCAUCAACCUUACUAUUAAGGAAACAAUGGGGAAAAUGGGAGAGAAAUCCUCAGACAGAGGCAUUAAAGUAUCCCAGCCAACCAUGAGAAGAAGAUACUCAGAAAAUGAUGAACCCAUUAUUAAGCUGUGCUUUACUGGAGGACCCUGUGCGGGAAAGACUACUGCUAUGUCUUCACUCUUUUCUUCCUUAGCAAGCAUAGGUCACAGAGUAUUCAUUGCCCCAGAAGCAGCUACGACUCUCAUGAAGGCAGGAUUCUUGAUUGACAACACGAACUUUACAAGGCUCAACGAGAUCCAGUUCCAGAGCUGUCUUAUGAGAUACCAAAUCUUCAUCGAAGAUCUCAUAGUUGAGUAUGCAUCCUCCACUUCAGACAAGCCUGUUGUCAUUCUCUGAGAUAGAGGAUUGAUAGACGGUAAAGCUUAUGUUUCCGAACAAGUAUGGCAAAGCAUCCUGGAUGAGAUGUCAUGGAAUGAAGUGCAUCUCAGAGACUCAAGAUACGAUGCAGUCAUUCAUAUGGUCACAGCAGCUGACGGAGCAGUCGAACACUAUGACCUUGGCACUAAUGAAGCUAGAUACGAAGAGAUUGAGCCUGCCAAAAAUGUCGAUAAUAAGAUUCGUAAAAACUGGUCUGGCCACUCCCAAUUCUACUUGAUUGACAACAAAGUCAAUUCCUUUGAAGAAAAGAUUGAGAAGGUUGAAAGAGUUGUACUGAACCUUCUUGGUAUCCCUCAAGCAACCAUUUUUAACUGUAAAUACCUAGUCCAGACAUAUGAAAUCAGCGAGCCUGGACUCUCAGUCGAGCAUUUUACAGUAAAAGAGUUCUUCUUGCUCUCCUCACCUAGCAUGGAAGUAAAGAUUAUCCAAAAAGGCGAUAAGAGAUCAUUCAACUACACUCUUGAGACCAAAGUAUUUAAAAAUGACCAGUGGACAACUAGAAAGAAGCAGAUAUCUUCCCGUGACUUCAUCCAAAUGAUUCAGGAGAAGCAAGAUGACUCCAAGAUCGAGCUUGAAAAAUCAAGAAUGACUUUCCUCUACAAGAACCAGUUCUUUGUAAUUGAUACAUUCGAGAAUAUUGAAGGCAGGCCUUCCCUUCUCAAGAUCGAGACAGAAAAUGAUGUUGAGAAUGUAGAAAGACCUUCCUUCAUCAAGUUCAUCCGUGAAGUCACUGACGAAGAGGCAUACUCAACUUACAAUAUGGCUAAUAAAGAUUACGAAUUGCCUAAAGAUGAUCUCAAAAUGUUAGCUACUCUCGAAAAGCAAGAGACACAAGAAACCAUGGCUAGUAAUGAGUAAAGAUGCCAUAAGUUGAUUCGUAAUUGCUCUAAAUUUUGC